CCAGACACAGCAGGAGCGCGCUGUGGCGGUGCAGUUUCAAGCUYGCCUUCGCAGCCGCGCACACACCGCCUCCUCGCUGAGCAGCGGGAACCGCAGCAGCUCCGUGCCGCCGCAGCCCAGCUCCGCGCUCCAGCCCGCUCACUGCCGUCAGUACCGCCCCUCGUCAGCACUCAGCCCGCAGCUAUUUCCUUCUGCCAGCCUCUUUGAACUCUUUGGAUCUUUGCCUUUGCUCGCCUCUCUCCUCUUUUUUUUUUUUCCCUCACCCCAUAUUUUCUCAACUCCUCUCUCUUUAUCCUUUACCACCCUGAUUUUCUUUUUAUUGGAAAUUUCGUCUUAAGAUGACUUGCCUUCCUUACCCUCGUCCAUUUCAGCACUGAAGACUGAAAAGGAACAUUUCCCUCCCCUCCGGUGGCAUUUAAAAAUCGCAAUUCUUCAAAAGUCUUCAGAGGCAAAGGAACAGGACCCAAGACCCUCCCGGCACCCUUGAUUGAGCCCAGUCAAGAACAGUUCUGGCAAUCAGAGCUGGCGUUUCAUUGAAUCCCACUGAGGGGGAAGGCGAAAGAAGCCAGAAGCAAACUUCAGCUGUCUCCGCGGGUCUGUGGUGCCCGCAUUUAGAAGAGCCGCGUGCCAGAAGGCAUAGGAACCCACGGGGGACGAGGAGGAGCCCCGAGUCUCCCUCGCCCAUUCCUUGAGGACAGAGGUGUGGACUGAGGCGCGCGGGACAACAGCGGCAGAAGAGGGUAGGAGAAGAUGCGGGGCUCCCGGCCCCGGGGUGCGGGACGCCGAAGGCCCCCGGGCGGCUGCGGCGGCGACACCCUCCGUACCCCUGCGUCUCUGGCCGGCUGCUACUCCGCACCUCGCAGGGCCCCACUCUGGACGUGCCUUCUCCUGUGCGCCGCGCUUCGGACCCUCCUGGCCAGCCCCAGCAACGAAGUGAAUUUAUUGGAUUCACGCACUGUUAUGGGGGACCUGGGAUGGAUUGCUUUUCCAAAAAAUGGGUGGGAAGAGAUUGGUGAAGUUGAUGAAAAUUAUGCCCCUAUCCACACAUACCAAGUAUGCAAAGUUAUGGAACAGAAUCAGAAUAACUGGCUUUUGACCAGUUGGAUCUCCAAUGAAGGUGCUUCCAGAAUCUUCAUAGAACUCAAGUUCACUCUGCGAGACUGUAACAGUCUUCCUGGAGGACUGGGAACCUGUAAGGAAACUUUUAACAUGUAUUAUUUUGAGUCAGAUGAUGAGAAUGGAAGAAACAUCAAGGAAAACCAGUACAUCAAAAUCGAUACCAUUGCUGCUGAUGAGAGCUUUACGGAACUUGAUCUUGGUGACCGUGUCAUGAAACUGAAUACAGAGGUCAGAGAUGUAGGACCUCUAAGCAAAAAGGGAUUUUAUCUUGCUUUCCAAGAUGUUGGUGCUUGCAUUGCUCUGGUUUCUGUGCGUGUAUACUAUAAAAAAUGCCCCUCUGUGAUACGGCACUUGGCUGUCUUCCCUGACACCAUCACUGGAGCAGAUUCUUCACAGUUGCUUGAGGUGUCAGGCUCCUGCGUCAACCAUUCUGUGACAGAUGAACCUCCCAAAAUGCACUGCAGUGCUGAAGGGGAGUGGCUGGUGCCCAUUGGGAAAUGCAUGUGCAAGGAAGGAUAUGAAGAGAAAAAUGGUACCUGUCAAGUGUGCAGACCUGGGUUCUUCAAAGCCUCACCUCACAGCCAGAGCUGCAGCAAAUGUCCACCUCACAGUUACACCCAUGAGGAAGCUUCAACCUCUUGUGUCUGUGAAAAGGAUUAUUUCAGGAGGGACUCUGAUCCACCCACAAUGGCAUGCACAAGACCCCCCUCAGCUCCUCGGAAUGCCAUCUCAAAUGUUAAUGAAACUAGUGUCUUUCUGGAAUGGAUUCCUCCUGCUGACACUGGUGGAAGGAAAGAUGUGUCAUAUUAUAUUGCAUGCAAGAAGUGCAACUCCCAUGCAGGGGUUUGUGAGGAGUGUGGCGGUCAUGUCAGGUACCUCCCCCAGCAAAUCGGCCUGAAAAACACCUCUGUCAUGAUGGUGGAUCUGCUCGCUCACACAAACUAUACCUUUGAGAUUGAGGCAGUGAAUGGAGUAUCCGACUUGAGCCCAGGAGCGCGGCAGUAUGUGUCUGUAAAUGUAACCACAAAUCAAGCAGCCCCCUCUCCAGUCACCAAUGUGAAAAAGGGGAAAAUUGCAAAAAAUAGCAUUUCUUUGUCUUGGCAAGAGCCGGAUCGCCCCAAUGGAAUCAUCCUGGAGUAUGAAAUUAAAUAUUUUGAGAAGGACCAAGAGACCAGCUACACAAUUAUCAAAUCGAAAGAGACCACUAUUACUGCAGAGGGCUUGAAACCAGCUUCAGUGUAUGUCUUCCAAAUUCGAGCACGUACAGCAGCAGGCUAUGGUGUCUUCAGUCGAAGAUUUGAGUUUGAAACCAUCCCAGUGUCAGUUGCAGCCUCCAGUGAUCAAAGCCAGAUUCCUAUAAUUGCUGUGUCUGUGACAGUGGGAGUCAUUUUGUUGGCAGUGGUUAUCGGCUUCCUUCUCAGUGGAAGUUGCUGCGAAUGUGGCUGUGGGAGGGCUUCUUCCCUGUGCGCUGUUGCCCAUCCAAGCCUAAUAUGGCGAUGUGGCUACAGCAAAGCAAAGCAAGAUCCAGAAGAGGAAAAGAUGCAUUUUCAUAAUGGGCACAUUAAACUGCCAGGUGUAAGAACCUAUAUUGAUCCACAUACCUAUGAGGAUCCCAAUCAAGCUGUCCAUGAGUUUGCCAAGGAAAUUGAAGCUUCAUGUAUCACCAUUGAAAGAGUUAUUGGAGCAGGUGAAUUUGGUGAAGUUUGUAGUGGACGUUUGAAACUACCAGGAAAAAGAGAGCUACCUGUGGCUAUCAAAACCCUUAAAGUUGGCUACACAGAAAAACAACGUAGAGAUUUCCUGGGUGAAGCAAGUAUCAUGGGGCAGUUUGACCAUCCUAACAUCAUCCAUUUAGAAGGUGUUGUGACCAAAAGUAAACCAGUGAUGAUAGUGACAGAGUAUAUGGAGAAUGGUUCUUUAGAUACAUUUUUAAAGAAAAACGACGGGCAGUUCACUGUGAUUCAGCUUGUUGGCAUGCUGAGAGGCAUCGCUGCAGGAAUGAAGUACCUUUCUGACAUGGGCUACGUGCACAGAGACCUUGCUGCUAGAAACAUCUUAAUCAACAGUAACCUUGUGUGCAAAGUGUCUGACUUUGGACUUUCCAGGGUACUGGAAGAUGAUCCUGAGGCAGCCUAUACCACAAGGGGAGGCAAAAUUCCAAUCAGAUGGACUGCCCCAGAAGCAAUAGCUUUUCGAAAGUUCACCUCUGCCAGUGAUGUCUGGAGUUAUGGAAUCGUAAUGUGGGAAGUUGUCUCUUAUGGAGAGAGACCCUACUGGGAGAUGACCAAUCAGGAUGUGAUUAAAGCAGUAGAGGAAGGCUACCGUUUGCCAAGCCCCAUGGAUUGUCCUGCUGCUCUCUAUCAAUUAAUGCUGGAUUGCUGGCAGAAAGACCGGAAUAGCAGGCCCAAGUUUGAUGAAAUAGUCAACAUGUUGGACAAGCUGAUUCGCAACCCAAGUAGUCUGAAAACUCUGGUUAAUGCUUCAAGCAGAGUAUCUAAUUUGUUGGCAGAACAUGGCCCUCUAGGAUCUGGGGCCUAUAGAUCAGUAGGUGAAUGGCUAGAAGCAAUCAAGAUGGGCCGGUAUACAGAGAUUUUCAUGGAAAAUGGAUACAGUUCAAUGGACGCUGUGGCUCAGGUGACCUUGGAGUGAGUAAUUUUUUUCUGAUAAUUUUUAUGUAAUUUCUGGGGCAAGAAAAAUUGUUCAGAAACCAAUCUGGAUGAGAACAAGGGAAAUCAGUUAACCUCUGUCCAUGUGUGGCAGUUUUCAAAGAAGCCUCAUCUUUUUUAGCCUGUAUUGUUAACAACUGCAUGGUUAAUGCUUUUUGUGACCAGUAUCUUUGUGGGGUUUUUUUGUUGUUUUUUUUUUUUUUGCUUCAAACAAAUAGCAUUUGAAUAUUUGAAUAAUUGGAAUAAGAGCUCCAUUGCAAAGUACUGGUAUUUUGUGUUGUGGAAAAAGAUGUUUUCUUGAGAAGUUUUUAUACUGGUACCUAUGUUAUAUGAAUGUAAAUACAAAACAAAACAAACUGUAAGCACAAUUGGUGUGGCUAAUCCUACAUAACAACAAAACAUAUUCCUAAAUUUCAGUUCUCUACGAUGAAUAUCCAGGUAACAACAGCUUAAUCAAAGCCUCCUUGGCAGGAAUCUCAUUUAAAGUCUAAGUGGUGCAUCGUAUAUUCUUACAAUCCAAGAAUAUCCUAGAUCCUGCCUUCAAUUUGUUAUUUGGUACAAUCUCAGUGGAACCAAUUGUGCCCUUUUCUGUUUGCACGUUUAAGAUAAAGCUUAUCAAAUCUUAUUAAAUAAAAAUCACUAGAGUUAAAUAUAAAAUCAUUUAAGGUUGUAAGUUGUUUGUAUUUUAUUAUAUACUCUGUAUGUGUAAUUAUUUUAGCCUACUUGUUAUUUGUGAAAAUUAACUGUCCUUAUGGUGGUUCCAUCUAGACUACAUUACCAUUAAUGAUAGCUUACAUCAAAUUACCUGCAAACUCAAAGGUUAAAAUAUUGUUGUAAGGAUUAGAAAAUGUUAAAAUACUCUAAACCACUAAAUCACUGUCUUGAUAUCAUUACUUCCCAAAAUAGGACCAUUGAAGAGUUCUCUUCCCAUCUMUGUUGUUCUGCCACUCUUUAAUUCAUUAAAUUCACUGCUCAUCCCCGCAAAAGGUAACAGGGUACCAUCAUUUAUCACUAAUUAAUGUCACAUUCUCAGCAUUCUCUAACUUCAUACCGAGAACUAAAYUGACCUAAAUUGCAACCACUCAGCMCUCAGCUUKCUUUCCUGACUCAUUUAGUCCCAUCCUCACUGUCACCGCCAGACCAUGCCUACUUGAUGACAUGUAUGCUUUGCCCAUUAUUCCUUUGGACAUGUGUGCUAUAUUUAAAAUAGUAUACAGAAAAAAUUAUUGAUUAUUUAAAACUAUUUUUACAUGAUUGCUAUUUAAUUUUUCAGUAAAAAUGGUCAUUUUAAUUUAUUAAAGUCAUUUGUCAUUUUAUAUUAAAAUGAUACUGUAGGUAUUUCUUCUACCCAAUGUCGGAUUACUUGUAAAUAUAUAAUAAAAUUAUUUGCAUUAAA